UCCCGACGGGUCUCCUCUGUGUGCAAUGGACGGCAUUGUCCAAGAUAUAACAGUUGGUACAAAGCGGCGGGGAUCUGAGGAGCUUUUCACUACUUGUGUUACUAACGGACCUUUUAUCAUGAGCAGCAACUCUUCUUCUGCAGCUAAUGGAAACGACAGCAAGAAAUUCAAAGGCGACAAUCGAAGUGCUGGGGUCCCAUCCCGAGUAAUCCACGUCCGUAAGCUCCCCAGUGAUGUCACAGAGGCAGAGGUCAUUUCUUUGGGCUUACCUUUUGGCAAGGUCACCAAUCUUCUAAUGUUGAAAGGAAAAAACCAGGCUUUCAUAGAGAUGAUCACAGAGGAGUCAGCCAACACCAUGGUCAACUACUACACCACUGUCACUCCAGUCCUCCGCAGCCAACCCAUCUACAUCCAGUUCUCCAACCACAAGGAGCUCAAGACAGACAACUCUCCAAACCAAGCACGUGCCCAGGCAGCUCUGCAAGCUGUGAAUUCUGUCCAGGCUGGAAACCUGGCCCUGGCAGCCCCUGCUGCUGCUGUGGAUGCAGGAAUGGCGAUGGCUGGCCAGAGCCCUGUUCUGAGGAUCAUUGUGGAGAAUCUCUUCUAUCCUGUCACUCUAGAUGUUCUGCAUCAGAUUUUUUCCAAGUUUGGGACAGUCUUGAAAAUAAUCACAUUCACAAAGAACAACCAGUUCCAGGCCCUGUUACAAUAUGCUGACCCAGUGAGUGCUCAGCAUGCCAAACUGUCCCUGGAUGGACAGAACAUCUACAAUGCCUCCUGCACGCUGCGCAUCGAUUUCUCGAAGCUCACCAGCCUCAAUGUCAAAUACAAUAAUGAUAAGAGCAGAGAUUACACCCGGCCAGACCUCCCUUCUGGGGAUAGCCACCCCUCCCUUGAUCAGACCAUGGCAGCUGCUUUUGGUGCCCCAGGAAUAAUCUCUGCUUCUCCAUAUGCAGGAGCUGGCUUUCCUCCUACCUUUGCAAUUCCUCAGGCUGCAGGCCUGCCAGUCCCAGCAGUUCAUGGAGCUUUGGCUCCUUUGGCUAUCCCAGCAGCUGCAGCGGCUGCAGCAGGACGGAUUACCAUUCCCGGCCUCACUGGGCCAGGGAACUCAGUUCUGCUGGUUAGCAAUCUGAAUACUGAGAGAGUUACACCCCAAUGCCUCUUUAUUCUUUUCGGAGUCUAUGGUGAUGUGCAGAAGGUGAAGAUUUUAUUUAAUAAGAGAGAGAAUGCCCUGGUUCAGAUGACUGAUGGAAACCAGGCCCAGCUUGCCAUGAGCCAUUUAAAUGGGCAGAAGCUGAUGGGGAAGACGAUCCGGAUCACGCUGUCCAAGCACCAGACAGUGCAGCUUCCCCGCACGGAUCAGGAGGACCGUGGCCUGACUAAGGACUUUGGGAACUCCCCUCUGCAUCGUUUCAAGAAGCCAGGCUCCAAAAAUUUCCAGAACAUCUUUCCCCCAUCUGCCACUCUUCACCUGUCCAAUAUUGCACCUUCAAUAACUGAAGAAGACCUUAAGAUGUUAUUUUCAAGCAACGGUGGAGUAGUCAAAGGAUUCAAAUUCUUCCAGAAGGACCGGAAGAUGGCUCUGAUCCAGAUGGGCUCUGUGGAAGAAGCCAUUCAGUCACUCAUUGACCUCCACAACCACGACCUGGGUGAGAACCACCACCUGCGUGUGUCCUUCUCAAAGUCCACCAUUUAAAGCUUAUUGGAAGGCAUGAAAACAAAACAAAAAAAAACAAAAAAAAAAAUGGACUUGACUUAAAACCUCUUGGGUUCAGCCUUGCCUUGAAAAGACUGAACACGAGGGUUUCAACUUCCAUCAUUCCAGAAAGAAAGAAAAAAAGCCACUUUAAAGAAAAAAAAAAAAAUGCAGCUGAAGUGACCUUAAAAAGACCACAGAGAUUUUAUUUUUUUAAAGAGAAAUCAGUUUACCGGUUUUUAAAAGAAAAAAAAAAUGAAAUCUAAAUCCAUAUUGCUGACCUUGUGGUGAUGGGUAACAAAAAAAAAAAAUCUCCUGACUGUUCAAAUAAAAAUAAUCACAAGUUGAAGUUUACACUUUGGAAACCUGCUCUGGGAAAUUCCCCUCCCUUUUUUGCUCCUCUUCCUCCUCCUCCCCCAACAAAACAAAGCAGAUUUCCCCCCACCUCCUCCCCCUAGUUUAUCAGGUUUCACAUUGAUGCCUUUUUUUAUUUUCUUUACCCAUCUAUGCCUUGAAGAUAAAACAAACAAAGACCUAAAACCACUGUGUUAAAAUUCACUUGAGCGCCUUUUUGAGUCAGGAUUCUGCAGAACAGCUGGUGGCUAGGAGCUCCCAACUCACCCAGCACAAAAGAUCUUUCUUUUUUAAGUUGCAUUAAUCUACCUUAACUGUGCAUCUGCUGUCCUGUGCCUUAAACCUUUUUUUUUUUUUUCCUUCUUCUGAGGGGGGAAAAAAAAAAACAACCAAACAAACCAAACAUCUGAACUGCAGGGAGUGGAUUUGGGAGAGUUGAGGGUUUGAUGCCUGAGCUCUGUUGGGUAAGGAGAGGAUGAGAGUGGAGCUGGCAAAGUGGAUAAAGAAAAUAUUUGGGCUUUGACUCUCCCAGCAGUUGUCCCCUACUGUCCUUGAUGUGUCUUAGUAUCACCUGUUCCAUGCCACUGCUCGCUCUGCCUGGUGGAGACUUUUUUUUUUUUCCAACCUUUCUGUCCCAAACAUCCCAGUUUAGGUGUGGUAGUUUCAACCCACCACAGCAGGCAGAGAGGGCUCUGGGUGGGGAAACAUUCCCAAGGCCAAAUCACAUUCCAUUAUCCAUUACAAGAGCAUUGAUGGAGAGAGACAAAACCACAACCACUGCAGGCCACUUGUGAAGACGAAUCAUUGUCGCGAUCAUGUCUGUGCGUGUGUGUAAAUAAUCUUUAUCUGAAAGAACUCAGCUAGGUUCUGAGGAGUUCUUGACUGACUUACCCCCACGUUUAGAAAAGAGGUCCUUGGGGAGUCACUUUUUAUUUUUGUGCCCCCCCACCCUGAUCUGAGAUGGAUAAUGAGACCAAUGUAGCUCUGUCAUCAUCCUUGAUAGCAAGUCUUCAGCAUUUGAGCUUUUUUUCAUCGUUGUCGUCGUUUUAAUUCUUUGUAUUAUACUUUUUUUGGAUGCUGUUGCUGUCAUCUGUGCCUAGCAAUAUUUCCAGUUGACCAAAUAUUCUAAUCUUUAUAUGCAAAAGAAAUAGUUUAAGUACCUUGGUUUUUGUUUUUGGUUUGUUGUUUUUUUUUUUAA